CAAUGGGCUGCGCAGAGCUUCCCCCCUCCCUCUGCCCACGAUGGUUUCUCCCUCGAGGAUUCCUCCCCUCUCCCCCGCAGGUGGUUUUUCCCUCGGGCACAGGCGUUAUGCCCCGCGCCGGUUCUUCUUCCGGCGUCACGGAGGGGGUGAAAGGUCACGGUAGCUGUUCUAUGGGCUGGCGCGGGAUACCCGGAAGUCGCGAUGUUUUACUUCCGGUUGCGAGCUGUCACCGGCUGCUGGGAGCCGCCAGCAGGUGAUGCACUGAUGAGCUCGUGGAUGCUGCCCUGAUUGCCAUAGGAUCCAGUUGCUUCAGCUGAGGAUGAGCAAGCCUAGAGGCUUGCAGCAAGACCUGGAACAGAGCCUCCCAGCCAUUGCCUCUAUAAGCAGCUCGUUCUCCCAGAGCCAGGGCUUUUCCCCCUACUACUACCUCUCUCCAGAGAAGCGGAAAGCCAUCUCGGAUGUUCGGAGGACUUUCUGCCUCUUUGUCACCUUCGACCUACUGUUUGUCUCUCUGCUGUGGAUAAUUGAACUGAACACGAACAAUGGCAUCGAGAAGAACUUGGAGACUGAAAUCAUUGACUACCAGUUUAAAACCUCUUUCUUUGAUAUAUUUGUCUUGGCUUUUUUCCGAUUUUCUGUGCUACUACUGGCCUAUGCAGUAUUGAGGCUGCGUCACUGGUGGGUUAUAGCAUUCACUACACUGGUGUCUAGUGCCUUCCUGAUCGUGAAGGUGAUUCUGUCUGAGCUUCUGACCAAGGGGGCUUUUGGCUACUUGCUUCCUAUCGUCUCUUUCGUCAUUGCAUGGCUAGAAACUUGGUUUCUGGAUUUCAAAGUCUUAACUCAAGAGGCAGAAGAGGAACGAUGGUACUUGGCAACCCAGGCGGUGGCAUCCCGAGGCCCCCUGCUCUAUUCUGGAGCCCUUUCUGAUGGGCAGUUCUAUUCUCCUCCCGAGUCCUUUGCAGGAUCAGAUAAUGAGUCUGAUGAAGAAGGUUUGGGGAGGAAAGUGUUAACGGUUCAGGAGAAAGAAUAUGUCCAGCAAGGCAAAGACGCAAUGGAAGUUGUGGAUCAAAUCCUAGCCCAGGAGGAAAACUGGAAAUUUGAGAAAAGCAAUGAUUUUGGUGAUGCUGUUUACACUCUUGAAAUACCUUUCCAUGGCAAGACCUUUAUUUUAAAGGUAAGGGUCUUUUGUNNUGCUGAAACAGUCUACCAGGAAGUUAUUCUCCAACCUGAGAAGAUGAUCCUGUGGAAUAGAACAGUGGCAGCUUGCCAGAUCUUACAGCGGAUUGAAGACAGCACUAUUAUCUCAUAUGAUGUUGCUGCUGGGGCUGCAGGUGGUGUAGUGUCACCCAGGGACUUUGUAAAUGUGCGUCGGAUUGAGAGAAGAAGAGACAGAUAUGUUUCCUCAGGGAUAUCUACCACUCACAGUUUGAAGCCUCCACUGCUCAAAUAUGUCAGAGGUGAGAAUGGUCCAGGAGGCUUCAUUGUUCUGAAAUGUCCCAGCAAUCCAAGAGUGUGCACCUUCUUGUGGAUACUCAACACAGAUCUAAAGGGUCGACUUCCUCGCUACCUUAUUCAUCAAAGCCUGGCAGCCACCAUGUUUGAAUUUGUGUUCCACCUCCGGCAGCACGUCGGCGAGCUUUCAGCCAAGCCUUGAGCAGCAGCUCCUGACACUUCGCCCGAUAUUCCUUUACCUUCUCUCUCCUUAACAUGUCCUUGGCAACAACGUCCAGAACCUGGGGCAAAACCUGCCUGUGAGCUGCAGAGAGCUUGUCACAUAGCUGGAAACCACAGCAUCUCCUGGCAGCCUCCUCAGGGAAGAGCUGAGACAGAACAGGGGAGGGAGGUGGCUAUGACUGCAAAAAACCCCAACAACACCCCAGCACUAACAUGUGAAUGCACAAACUGCAGAACAGAAAGGGGUGGGAGAUGCGUUGGGGUGUCUGACUGGUUCUUUCAGUCCCUGCAUGCUCCAGAGAAUGUCUUCCUCUUCGCCUCCAAUCAAUGAUCAAAGUAACAGCUGGCAUCAGGAGAAGCGUUUUAUAAUUUAAACUCUUGUAACAUGUGCCAAAUACUUUGCUGAUCGCUUCUGCUCCUCCUUGUUCUACCAGAAGUUACCAUCACUACUGUAUGACCCUUCCCAUUUGUUUUAGCAUUUUUUAAAAUUUUUUUUUGUGAUAACCAUGUGAAGACUUUCAUCUGGAACUACUGCAUUUACCCAAAUGCCUUUAGCAGGAGAAGGAAAAAGAGCAGCCCUGUGCAUUUAGCUGCCAGAGUGUGACACUGGAUGCCAUGAUUCUGAGUGGGAGCUGCAGAUCCUAGUGUGUUACUGACUGUGGGACCCUCUUGCUUCUGAUCAUCUAGAGGAUAGCUUGGGCCAAGGAGCGGUUGGUGGGCAUGUCUCGUAUGCUGCUGGCUAUCCUGCAUCAUUACUGAGUUUCCAGUGACUGGCAGAGUAAGCCCACUGGUAACAGUAUCAAGCUAGGUUGUGGGGGGGCCAAAGAGCUCCCUGCCCACUCUCCUGAGCCAAUCAUGGAAACUUCUGACGGUUUAAAAGUGCCUGGGCGAGGACCCUAUAACUGGUACCUAGCCUCUGCCCCACUAUUACUACUGUCCUGUUCCAGAUGCCCAUUCCCCUUCAUCUAAAGGCUGUGAAAACAAGGGGUGAACAUCUCUGCUCAUCCACAAUAUCUAUGCACCCCUGGCUACAGACACAGUGGGGUCUCCUUUGUGAUUGGACACAGAGCAGGGACACCUACAAAGUACCUCCCCGCACCCUAAGCCCUUAUUUAAAUAGCUUUCCUGUACCUUAGGCUCAGCCUCUCAAAUUAUGUUCCUGACCACCUCCGCACCACAUCCAGUGAAUGAUGGAGCAGUGGAGUCUACCUAAACCUAUACUUGCUACAUCUCACUACCAUUACCACCUAAUGGGUACAUGGGUGGGGGGCCAGGGAGGGGAAUGAUUUUUAAAUAUUAAAAAAGGGAACAAAUUUGCCUUAAUUAGAGAUGUUUGGAUUAAUAAGUGACUGGGUUGGGCUAUGUCCAACUGGGAAGGUCUACUGCAGUGAGGGCUGUCAGACCCAGGCAGUUGUGAACCUGUUUUCAUCAAGGAGUGCAAUAUGCCUGUGUUCUGUGCAAAUAAUGAAGCCCUUUAGAUGAGGGGUAGGUUGUUGAGGGUAGGAUUAAGAAGAAAUAUUAACAUCAGCUUUUUGACAGGCUUGGCUAUGGCUUUUCCCUCUGAAUAAGUCUGUUUUGUGUAGCCGUGACCAAUUUCCUAAUGGUUGAAAACACAUCAGCUUGCUCAGUCCCUCUUGCCCAGAG